AUGACGUAUCGCAGUGGUGACUGGAAGUAUUUGACCUAUGUCAAGCAGUUGAGCAAGAAUUGGCCUCACCUCGAGCUGCUGGCCGAUUUCAUGAUGGUGGGAACGAUGCCUAUGAGAUGGAUACCGAAUGCGUUGGGCAGCUACCCCGAUGAUUGGGAUGAGAAGCUCGAAGCGAGACAAGAUCGUAUGGCCCGGACGAAUGUCACCAUACUGGAGUACGCGGAUGAUGCACUUGCUCCUGCCCGAGAGGACUGCCGCACGUCCUCUGCCCUUCGCGAGCAUAUUGCACAUCUCGACAAGACAGCAAAUACAAACACAAAAUUUAGGUUGUUUGUCGUCGAAGACUUGUCCAGCGAUGUCAUCGAAAUACUGGGCGCUCGUUAUGAUGUGAACCCGCUCUUCUUUAGAGAACAUCUGUGUGACAAUAUCUGGUACAACAUCAGGGACUGGUGGCGUGAUCCUCCGAAUCUUGAUCUCGUUUCCAAAAACCAGAACUGGUUCCAGAUGCGGUUCCAGCGAGCGAGAUAUUUCAAAAGUAAGGAGCACAUGAACACGGGAGAACGUCAGGUAUCAAAUUUCAACGUCCACCGACAGCUGCAGGGCGAUCGUAACACCAGUCUGCGCUGGGAUACCUACCAUGAUGACGACGGCACCAAGAGAGCGCCCAAGAUCGGACAAAUUCGUUCCCGGGCGACGUUCUGGAUCAAGAGGCCAGACGCGACGAGAGACUCUUCCAAUGACCAAGUCAACGGCAACACCGAACAACAGCAGCAGCAGGGUGAGCAAGGGGACAACCCCAAAAAGCUUGAGCCCACGAUCGGAAUUCUCCUGCUGGACCCUACCAUCAAGGCCGGCCACCCUCUCUGGCGGCAAUAUCGUAAUUGGAACCGGGUGCCCUCCAUGGCCGAAGUGCCGCCGCCUGCAGAAUCACGCCCGCCACAAGCCCACGAGAGCUCCUUCUUCGAGGACUUCAUCUACUGGGCCUCGCGGCCAGAUGCCUUCGACCAGGGGCCCUAUCAUGAACACAGCAGCAGCAACAGCAGCGAGCCCUCGGUAGCCUGCCUACCAACUCAGGCCCUGCUGCAUAUUAUAUGCAACGAGUGGCUCACCCUUGUCGACUACAUCAAGACGCGGCUGAACCAGAUCGACUGGGAGAUUGCGGACCCAGAUAGCUUCCUGACCAAGGAUGAGCAGAUCGAGACGGCCCUUCACAAGCUGCACCUCUGGCGUAGGGUGGUGCCCGUGUACCGAGCGAUGCUGGCUGAGACUUUUUUACGCGUGUUCAGGGAGGCCAAGCACCCUGACCGCAUGCACCCGGGCCGGCAUGAAGGCGUGAAGGACUUCCACGCCGAUGCCAACCUGCUGAGCACCAUCCGCGAGGGAGACGGCCGGCACGCGUCGCUGGACCUGUCCGUGCAGGAGAGGAGGGGCAGCAUCAUCGUGGGAGGCGGCGGCGGGCAAAGAGCUGACCACCAACGGCCCGGAAGCGCACUCCACGACCUGCUGGGCCGCGAAUGCAUCAAGGCAUACCGGCACGAUUACACGCUCGUGCUGAACUACAUGGAGGAGUUCCAGGCGCGGAUCGACCGGCUGACGGAGGUGGUGACGGCAGUGAUUACCAUCCAGGACUCGCGGCGGGGCUACAAAGACAACAAGAACCUGCAGUGGCUCACCUGGCUGGCCACAUUCUUCAUCCCGCUGAGCUUUGUGGCAACCAUGCUGUCCAUGACGACGGGGCCCCUGACGCAGCUGCACGACGCGGUCGUCAUGUGGGCUGAGAUUUCGGUCCCGAGCGGGCUGUUGAUUAUGAGCUUGGUUUUGCUGAUGAGCAUCGCCAAGGCCAGGCGGGGCAUCAGGAAGUUCUUCAAGCAACACCUUCCGUGGUUCGGCAAGCAGAGCAAGGAUGAUUGAAUAAUCAGAUCAACGGGGAACGUAAAUUGUGUGCGUUUCUCCUCUAUGGAGGAUGGAGAGAGAAGAGAGAAAGUCACGGUCUGGGCAAUGAGUUAUCUCGCAUGUGUGCUUCCGAAG